AUGCAUGAUGGUAUGGAUCCGAUGACGAGUGAUAAUAAAAUGAAUGUCAUAAGCGACUGCGAUGGAUUUUAUAUCGGUUCAUCAAGAACCACGGAUCAGGCUGUCAUUUCUUCAGAUUCAAUUAUAUCACAAAUAUGCGAUAAAAAAUGGAACAAAUCGAGGACUGAUUCAGUAUCUAAUGGAGCCUAUGUGCCGUUGCGUGACCGCAUUAAGAAGCGAAUCGCUACAGGCGUACCAUUCUUUUCACUUGAAUUCUUUCCUCCAAAAAAAGCAAAUAGUGUUGCCAAUUUUUUUGCAUGUCUUGAUCGCUUUCGAGAAGGAAAUCCGAUGUUUGUUGAUAUAGCAUGGCAUUUUGGAUCCGAUCCUGGUAAUAUCAACAGUGAAACAUCAUCAUCGUCGGUGGCAGCAGGAUGUCUACAUUAUUGUGGCAUAGAUACGAUGUUGCAUAUCACAUGUUGUCCAUAUACAAAAGAGCAAUCAAUAAGACAUUUGGAACAGAGUAAAGCAUUAGGAUUAAAAAAUAUUUUGGCUCUUCGUGGUGAUCUUCCUCGGCAGGACGAAAAUCCAGUACUAUAUAAAUAUCGAGCUUUAGAUCUCAUCCGAUGGAUAAAAGAUGAAUAUAGCGACUACUUUACGAUUGCAUGCUCCGGGUAUCCAGCAGGACAUCCUGAAGCUCCGAGUUACCGAGCUGACCUUUUAUAUUUGAAAGCAAAAGUAGAUGCGGGGGCGGAUUUUAUUAUUUCUCAGAUAAUUUUCGAUGAAAAAAUUUUCGAGAACUUUCUGCGUGAUUGUCGUGAAAUUGGUAUUACUGUACCAAUUAUCCCUGGAAUUUUACCAAUCCAGAGUUAUGAUAGUAUUCGUCGUAUCGCAGAAUUAUCACAAUUAAUGAUACCUGAUUCUAUCCUUGCUAGUUUGGAACCGAUCAAAAACGAUGAUGAUGCCGUACGUAAUUUUGGCAUCCGUCAUGCUGUCAAUUUGUGUCAAACACUUUUUACCAAUGGUAGCACAACAUCUAUACAUCUCUUUACAUUAAAUCGAGAAGUUUCUUCAAGGGAAAUUUUACAACGAUUAGGACUUUGGCCACGUUCACCAGUGCGUACUCUGCCUUGGCGUUCGUUUGGUGAAAAUCAUCCCGUUCGUUGCAAAGAAGAUGUGCGACCCAUUUUUUGGUCAAUGCGACCGAAAUCAUAUGUUUUUAGAACCCGUGAAUGGGAUGAAUUCCUGAACGACCGUUGGGGUAACAGUAGUUCGUCGGGUUUCAAUGAUCUCAGAGAUUACUAUUUGUUCUAUUUGAAAGGACAGCCAACAAAGGAUGAACAACUUCGAAUGUAUGGUGAACGUUUAGAAACUUUUGCCGACACACAAAAAGUAUUUGUCAAUUUUGUUGGACAAAAUAUCAAUGAGAAUGGUGUAGAACCACCAUCUGUUAAUGGUGCCCCUAGUACGGAUCCGUUUGUUGGCUGGGGAAAACCAGAUGGCUAUUGUUACCAGAAGGCCUAUCUCGAAUUCUUCACAUCACAAGCAAAUGCUGAAUUUCUAUGGAAUCUUUUGCCAACUUAUUCGCGUAUUAACUGUCAUAUUGUCAAUCAUGAUGCAACAAUUGAUUGGACAAACACUGAAAGCACCAUGCCGAUUGCUGUUAGUUGGGCGUAUUUCCAGGAUGAAGCCUUUGGUGCUUGGUUAAAUUGGUCAUCUAUAUACGCCGAAGGAACAUCGAGCCGUUGCUUAUUAGAAAAAAUUUAUGAGUAUUGUCUAGUAAGUCUUGUAGAUAAUGAUUAUCCAGAAUCAACUAUUAUCUUCGAUUGUUUGGCUCAGCUCGUUAAUCGUUAG